AUUACGCAAGCGACUACCAAGCAUGAGGCUCUUGGUUUACUUAUGACCUCACCGGAACAAGCCCUCCAGACUCCAGAGUCCAGUUCCACAUCUUCUACAUACACCACCUAUUCCCUCCAUUUACUGCCUCCCGCUUGCCCGUCAGCAAUCAAGAAUAUCCACGGAGUCGCUGAGGAAAGCCUGUAUUGCCUGCAUUGCAGAGAUAAUUCUGGAAACUGGAUCCCCGCAGUUUUCGCCAACGGCUGCGCCAGUCGCUCUCUUAUAUUCGCCGCCGCCACACUCAGCCCCGGGUCCACCUCCGAACCCGAAUCUACGCUCUCCUUUCCCUUGCAACCCGACUCCGACUAUCCCGCCGAAUAAGUCUCCUCCAGCCUUUCAACAAAGAAGCCCGUGUCCAGCGGCAUGCGAACGGCUCCGUCACCCAACGCGUCAGCCUAAGAUCCCGUUCGGCUCGGCGCAGCUUCAAAGACAACACCAUGAGCUAUAACAACUACGGAGAAGCACCGCAGCAGCAGCAGCAGAGCUGGGGGGGGUACGUAAGGGCUGCUGCGCGGUAUGCGACAUCUACAGCGUCGAGCACGACGGCGGACGGACAACCGAGGGAGCCCGGCGCGAGACGGAGGAAGCUGAUACAGGCCGCCAGCGAGCUCAAGCAGAGCUACUAUGCCGGAUAUAGGUCCAACAAUGUGUCUGGGGAGAACCUGCCGGAGACGGGAGUGGUAACGGCGGAUAAUAUGGAGCUAUGGUUGUUUCCGAGUUAUGCCCGUGAGCUGUCGGGGGAGGAGCGGAGACGGAAAGAUGUCAAUGAAGAACCCGCGUUCGCGAAUUACGAUGAGUUCUACCAUGGCGACCUCGAUUACGGCGAGGAGGAUAACGUCUGCGAGGUCGAUGUGAGAGGCUGGCUCUUUGCGUCACGGUCAGGGCCGCUGGGGAGGAAGGACAGGUGGCAGAUGAGUGUUGUGAGAUGGAUGUGCGGAUUGUCGUCGCAGGCACCUAGUCAGUCCGAAGACAGUGAUGGACCACCUCUGCAAUCAUCCAGUGCGUCAAUCCGCUCAGAAGCUGGGUCUGAAGGCGGCGGUAGCUGGAGAAGUGCAUUGUGGCGAAGCAAUCCAGCUCAGGAGCCGCAGCCUACCAUGACUCCCGCAGAACUACGAGCUGCCAACCUUGCGUUUGACGAAAGACUUGCGCCGUUCACUCAUCAGGCGAUUCCCAGGACCCCAGUUACCAUUAUCUUCUACAAUAACACCAACAAUACCCAGGCUCACGAACACACACUAUACACCUCUGAGAAUGGUCACUUUAGCGUCAGGGAGCGGUUGUCUUUCGUGCCGACCCACGCCGUUGUCCGUGUGUUAGCGUCACAAACAUUGUCUAUCACUGAAGAGGUCAAGAUGCAUUCCGCCGAAGGCAUCUCGCUAAUCUCGGACAUCGAUGACACGGUCAAACACUCCGGGAUUGGAAUUGGCCCACGUGAGAUGGCAAGAGCAGCAUUCACGAUGCCGGUGCGCGAUGUCAUGGUUCCAGGUGUGGGUGAUUGGUACAAGACGCUCGCUUCACCGCCUUACAACGUUUCGGUUCAUUACAUCUCGAAUUCUCCGUGGCAGUUGUACCCUGUGCUUAGGUCCUUCUUCAGCGAGGCCGGACUUCCGCCAGGGUCUUUCCACCUCAAACAUUACAACGGUAUGUUUCAGGGUGUUUUCGAGCCUGCUGCGGACCGCAAGAGAGGGACAGUAGAGCGCGUCAUGUUGGAUUUUCCUAGUCGGAAGUGGUUGCUUGUAGGAGAUUCGGGCGAGGCGGAUCUGGAAGUGUAUACGGAGAUGGCGGAACGAUGGCCGGACAGGGUUAUAGCCGUCUGCAUCCGAGACGUCACGUCGCAUCUCACACGAGACUAUUCGGUCUUUGCCGGAGAACCCACCCAACCGGGAUCCAAUCUCAUGAGCUUCGACGGCAAUAAUAGCAGCGGGACAUUGCAGCGGCCUUCUCCUCUACGGGACGACUGGGCUGAAGAUGAAUCCCCCCUUCCGAAUCCACGGCCGAUCCCACGACCAUCUCCUCAUAGGAACGACGCAUCGACUUGCUCUUCAAACUCUAGUACAUCAACGUUGAGCAUCCGCAAUAGCACGCCUCCUUCACGGCCCGAAAAACCACCAAGUCUCCGCAGUCCUCCGGUUCCAAAGAAGCCCACGGCACUCCAGCAACACCAUUCCACUCCGAAUGCAAUUCUGCAAUCGGCGCAAGAUGCACAGGCAACUUCCAGUCGCGGCACGGUUCCCCCACCACCGCCACCACCCCGUCGCUCCACCAUAUCGGCCGAACCAUUGCCGCCGCCGCUACCACCACGUCGGGACACCUCCCAUGACGUCAGGGCCGGCUUACCACUACGAAGAGUCAUCACGGCGAACCCAGCACUGGAGGAAGUACGAACCGCAGCACCCCCUCGGCUCCAGCACCGGGUCGCAACCGCCACGGGGAUUAGCGCUGGUACAGACCUUCCGCAGCUCACAAAACGUCAGAUCGAAUGGGAGAGGCGGUGGGCAGUCGCCAGGGAAAGACUGGAUCGCAUCAACGUCCGCCUGCUGUACUGGCGCGUUGGCACGGAUCUGAAGGAUAUUACCGUCGGUUUGGUGGAGAAGGAACUGCGCGGUACUGUAGGGAGAAAGGAGUAGGUAUUGGGUGGACACGAAUACUAUACUCUACGCUUGUAAACUUUUUUGACGACGUUAUGCUCCUUUAUCCUGUUUGUUGGCGUUGUGAUGUUUUGAUAUGCUUGCAGUGGGGCUAGGGUUAUAGCUUCUUGUUAUAUGGCGCUGUGGCUGGCUGGCUUGAUGAUUGAUUUGGUUUUGCAUGUGUUGUAUACCUCAGUACCUAUUGGACAAGCAAUGUUAGGAAUAUAGUAGGUAUGUAAUUGCGCGUUCACCAUCUUUUUUUUUUUCUUCUCUCGGAAGCGGCAUCUACCUACCUACCUGGUAGGUAUCUAGUCCAGCGCUUUGGCACUUGGGACUCGUCAGGAAAGC